CAACUGGACACUGUUGGGCAUUCUCCCAAGGGCUGUGAACUGUUGCUUUUCUGCUUGAUCCCCCGGAAAUGCAGCGGCUGUUGACUCCAGUGAAGCGGGUCUUGCAAGUGAAGAGAGUGAUACAAGAAGCUUCCUUCUCAACUGCUUGCCUUCUCCCAGCAGCCCACCAAAGGUUUUCUACAGUCCCUGCUGUCCCUUUGGCCAAAACAGAUACUUGGCCAAAGGAUGUGGGCAUUCUUGCCCUGGAGGUCUAUUUCCCAGCCCAAUAUGUGGACCAAUCAGACCUGGAGAAGUAUGACAAUGUGGAAGCAGGGAGGUACACAGUGGGCUUGGGCCAAACACAGAUGGGCUUCUGCUCAGUCCGGGAAGACAUCAACUCCCUGUGCCUGACGGUGGUGCAGCAGCUGAUGGAGCGCACACAGCUCCCGUGGGACUCUGUGGGCCGGCUGGAGGUGGGCACUGAGACCAUCAUUGACAAGUCCAAGGCUGUCAAAACAGUGCUCAAGGCUGUCAAAACAGUGCUCAUGGAGCUUUUCCAGGAUUCAGGCAACACUGACAUUGAGGGCAUAGAUACCACCAAUGCCUGCUAUGGAGGCACUGCCUCCCUCUUCAAUGCUGCCAACUGGGUGGAGUCCAGCUCCUGGGAUGGUCGCUAUGCGAUGGUGGUCUGUGGAGACAUUGCAGUCUAUGCUAGUGGUAAUGCUCGGCCCACAGGUGGGGCUGGAGCUGUGGCCAUGCUGGUUGGGCCCAAGGCCCCUCUGGCCCUCGAGAGAGGGCUCAGGGGAACCCACAUGGAGAAUGUAUACGACUUCUACAAACCAGAUGUGGCUUCAGAGUACCCAAUAGUGGACGGGAAGCUCUCCAUGCAGUGCUACUUAAGAGCCUUGGACCGAUGUUACACGUUAUACCGUGAAAAAAUCCAGAAACAGUGGAAACAAGCUGGCAUCCAUCGGCCUUUCACUCUGGAUGAUUUACAGUUUAUGAUCUUUCACACUCCCUUCUGCAAGAUGGCCCAGAAAUCCCUGGCUCGCCUGAUGUUCAAUGACUUCUUGUCGGUCAGCAGUGACACACAGACCAGCCUCUAUAAGGGACUAGAGGCCUUCAGGGGGCUAAGGCCGGAAGACACCUACACCAACAAGGACGUGGAUAAAGCACUUCAAAAGGUCUCUCUGGACACGUUCAACAAGAAAACCAAGGCCUCCCUUUACCUCUCCACACACAACGGGAAUAUGUAUACCUCAUCCCUGUACGGGUGCUUGGCCUCACUUCUGUCCCAGCACUCUGCCCAGGACUUGGCUGGCUCCAGGGUGGGUGCAUUCUCUUACGGCUCGGGCUUGGCAGCAAGUUUUUUUUCAUUUCGAGUGUCCCAGGAUGCUUCUCCAGGCUCCCCCCUGGAGAGGCUGGUGUCCAGCAUGUCGGAUCUGCCGAGACGCCUGGCCUCCCGGAAGUGUGUUUCUCCUGAGGAGUUCACAGAAAUCAUGGGCCAAAGAGAAGAAUUCUACCACAAGGUGAAUUUCUCACCACCUGGAGACACAAACAACCUUUUUCCAGGUACUUGGUACCUGGAGCGAGUGGAUGAGUUAUAUCGCCGCAAGUAUGCCCGGCAUCCAAUCUAAAGAUCCGCAGAGUGGUUCCUGCGAAAAGUACUCUAGCAGAGCUGCCCACCAAUCAUAUUAAAAACAAAACGAAAAAAAAAGUGCCCUUAGCAAGUAAAUAGAUGGGAUUGGAAACAGCAACCCCACUGGCAAUGGCCUUGUAGAGCGAGGCACCUUCUCAAGUGGGUCCUCGGUGCCCUUCCCUGCUGCAGUCCCCGCCAUGGGAUUGCGAAACAGGCGGCGGAGGGGAGGCCUGGCUGUCAGUCACCUCCAGCUACGUGAAAAGAUCCAGAUGACAGGCCUAUCAUUUCUUAUAUCUUGUUAUUAUUAUUUUUAUUAAAUUUCUGUGCUGGUACAGGCAUA